AUGACGUUAGCGGCAAUAUUCCUGUCAGUUGGAUGUCAACUUCGUUGCGAAGAGGAAUGUGUCAAGUUUGUGGCGGAGUGCAUUUUUUGUGAUUUCAAGAUGCCUUUGAGUCAAGCAGAAAAGUCAAGGAGAUAUAGGGAAAAACUAAAAAGAACGAAUCCUGAUAAAUAUCAAGAAAUUAAAAAGAAAAAUAAAUCAAGAGCAAUUAAAGCUUACCAAAAUAAAAAAAAAUCUAUAACUGAUUCACAAAAAGCAGAACACAGGUUGUCACAGAAUAAAAACAGUAUUCGGCAAACUGUCCACAUAAUCCAGUCUACAUCUAAUGAACAACCUGCCAAUAUGGAGCAUCAGGAUAUUACAGAAGACCGUUCAAAUGAAGUAAAUCUGGAAACCCAAAGCAUGUUGGCUGUACAAGUUCCAGAUAGACUUGAACAAAAUGACACAGAAAGUAGAAGCAAUACAUAUUUGAAUAAGACUGUGAUUAGAAAUAUUCAGAGAAAUAUUGAAAAAAAAAUGCGACGUGAAAAUAACCAACUUCGUGAAUACGUUGAUAAAUUGAUAAGAGAUUACAAAUCCGUUCAAAGAGACAUGCGUAAAUUGAAGAGUGAUUUCCGAGAUUUAGCUAAGAAAGUUCAUCAUAACGAAGCUGAAAUUGUAAACCAUACCAUCGUACAAGAACAAGAAAACACUCCAUAUAAGAGAUCGGAAAACUUUGUUAAUGAGCACCUAACUAAUGUUGCAAUACCGGAAAAAGAAGUUAUCAAAAAAAAGAUUUUAGAAUACAAUGUUCUCACGGACUCUAUUAAAUCUAAAUUUAAAAUCUGUCAAAACCAAGAUAAAAAUACAUUUAAAGAUGUUGUGGAUGAUCCGAUAGUAAAAAAAUAUAAAUUAAAAACCUCCCUUACAAAGAGUCUCGGGCUCAAAAACAGUUUAAAAAGACACGAAGAAACAAAAACAAAAACCCAUGAUCUGAUAGAGACAAUACGGAGAUUUUACGAAAGAGACGAUGUAAGCCGUGCAAGUGCAGGUAAGAAGGAAUGCCGCACAUACAGAAAAUGUAAAAUGCAAGUUCGAUAUUUACUAGAUAAAUUAGAAACCUUAUAUAAAAAAUACGUUUCUGAAGUUGGCUCAAUAAGUUACAGCACCUUUAAAAAAUAUCGUCCGUUUUAUGUUAUAUCUCCAAAUUUAAAGAAUUUGAAAACGUGUGCUUGCUUGAAACAUUGCAAUAUGCAAUUUAUUUUAAAUGCUUUAAAAUCGGCGGGCAUACUCGAGUCAAAUGAUAUUAACACAAUUUUGGACAAACUCGUCUGCGACCCUGAUUUUAAGCAAUGCAUGUACGGUGAAUGCAGUGUUUGUAAAGAUAAUGCUGUACAAGUAAACAAAGAGGAAAAUCUUGUAAUAAACUGGUUUUCAUGGAAAGUCAAAGAACAUGAAUAUGAUGAAAAAGGAGAGAGAAAAAAGACUAAAAGAAUGGCAAAAACUGAAAACAAAGGAACAUUAAAAGAUUUAGUUGAUUUGUUUAACAAGGAAAUGAACAAAUUUAAGAUACAUGUAUACAACAUGCGCCAUCAACAACGACAAUAUAAGCUAUGUAUAGAGAACUUAGACUACAACGAAUGUGCAUUACAUAUAGACUUUUCAGAAAACUGGCUGUGUAAACAUCAUGAAGAAAUACAAGCUAUGCAUUUCGGUGCAUCGAAAAACCAAAUUACCCUACAUACGGGCGUGCUUUACAUUAAGAAUGAAAAACCAUUAUCGUUUUGUACAAUUUCUGCUGAAAAUUGUCAUACCCCCGAAGCAAUUUGGGCACAUCUUGAUCCCGCAUCCCAUGGAAAAGGUGCCGCAGAUGGCGUCGGGGGGACUAUAAAAAGAACUCUAGACUUUAAAGUUUCACAUGGGACUGAUAUACCUGACGCACAAACUGCGUUUAAUGUUUUGCAGGAAACGGCAACGUCAAUCAAAACAUUUUUCAUAAGACCCGAAAGCAUCCAAACAUUAGACACAAAUAUUGCAAGCAAACUGACCGCUAUUCGAAAUACAUUAAAAAUUCACCAGAUUGUAAGUCAUGCUAAAUUCAUACUUAAAUACCGCAUCCUCUCUUGCUUUUGCCAAAAUCUCAAGGGAAAAUGUGAAUGUUUUGAACCGAAAAUACACAGUUUUGAAUUUCAAACAGAAUUUACAAUAGACGGAAAUAGAAAAGACGAAAGCUAUACAAGAUUGGAGCUUGACGAAACCACUGGAGAACUAAAACAAGUGAGAGAGCAAAUAAACGAUAGCUUAGAAAUAAAAGGAAAUGAAAUGUGCUCUGAAGAACAACUAUUUCACUGGACCCAGGACAGUUUUUUAUCAGACAAUAUGGACAUUGAUGAAACAAAUAUUGACUUCGAUAUACUGAACGAUUCUGGAAUUUUAAAUGCAAUAGAAUGUGAAGGGAAUGAUACAGCUGAAAAUCAAAAGUAUGUUGAAAAGGAUAAUGAAGUGACCAUCUAUAAUCCAGACAGUCUUAAAAUGUUUUGUAAUCAAGUUAUCAACAGUCACUUCGGUAUAUCAAACCAAAAUACAGAGACCCAGUUAUCGGAGGUAUGCGUAUUGAAUAAAAUUUCAAAGAAUGACAGUCAGAAUCUGUCGUUUUAUAAUGAUUUGCCGACAUGUUUACAACCAGUAAUACCAUCAUCCAAAAUAUAUGCAAAUGAAUCGAAAGUUUCAGUGGGCUGUUCUAAACUGAUAAUACACUCUAACAUCAAGGUAGACUCUGAAGUAAAGAAAAAUAAUAUUAGGAAAAUUUUGAAAGGGGCUAAAGUUAUUAAGCAGUCAGCACUAAAUAUGGAAAUAGUUCCGAAGAAAGUAAAAAAUGUUAAACAAAACAAUGCUCUAGGCCAAAUAGAUACAUUAAAUGAACACGCAAGUACGUCAAAAGAAGCAGGCAGUAAAAGAAAACGCAAAAAUGUAACUACUGAAAGAACAAUAACUUGUAUAAAAAAAGGUAAAAAGAAUAUAAAUAAUAGACAAAAGUCAAAAUCAAGCAAGCACGCCGUAAAAAAGAAAAAGAUAGCAACUUAUAUAGAAACAAGCUCUGAAAACUCCGAUAUUAUAAGUCUAGCCGAUACUGAUAAAUCUGAAUACGAAACAUUGAAUGAGUAUAUAACAUGUUUAGAAGAUCAAGAAGGAAAGGAAAACUUAGAGCCAGCUAUACCAUUUGGGAUUAGUGAUAUUGAUUACUGUACAGUAGAUUUUUUAAAAAAGGAUGACUGGAUAGUGGCUAAAUUUGCCACAAAAAAAAGUUUAAAGCACUUUGUAGGACGUGUUUUGUCGAUAAAAGAUAAUGUUCCUACUGUAAAAUUUGUUAGGAACGUGAAAAAUUUGAAAGAUAGUAAAGGGUUAAUUUUCACGUAUCCACAAGUUGACGAUAUAUAUGAAAUGCAGUUAGGUGAUGUGAUUAAAGUAUUACCUCAACCAAACAUUUCCCGACGGGGCCAAAUAAUCUUUGACACCGACAUUAGUUACUACAACAUACAG